GUGUCUACUUGAGUCAUGAGAGAGAUAUUGAGUUAUCUGCUCUCCACCUCUGCAUCACUCUGUUAUAUUUUUUUUUUGCUGUUUUCGAUUCUAUUGCUUGUUACUCUGACUCAUCCAUUUUUUCCCAAAGCUAUCUGUUAGCGGAAAUAGCAACACCAUUAUCACUGCUAUUUUUUGUUACACUGCUACCUACAUCCAAGAUCCACUGCUAUUGAUGUGAAAUUUGUUCACACUUCUAUUGAGAUCUUUAGAGGCAAUGGAUGGCACCAUUACCGUGAAAUAGCGGCCGAUACACUGCUACGCCCUGCUAUCUGAAACCCUCAUUUCUAGCAUUUUAAUACUUGGUUUAUUGAUUCAGAUUCACCCUGCUGUGUUCAAAAAUGGAGGAGCAAUCUUUUUUUUAUAGACUGAUCAGUCAUCUCCGUUCAACUUGCAAGUAUUAUAAUGGUUAUCCCAAAGAUCUUGGGCCAUCACGGGUUAUUCAUUUCACAUCCGAGCGUGAAUUCGUGCAGCUGCUUCAUCAAGGUCAUCCAGUUGUUGUUGCAUUCACUAUCAGGGGAAACUACACAAAGCAUCUUGACAAAGUACUAGAGGAAGCUGCUGUAGAGUUCUAUCAAAAUGUUAAAUUUAUGCGAGUUGAGUGCCCAAAAUAUCCAGGAUUUUGUAUAACACGGCAGACAAAUGAAUACCCAUUCAUUGAAAUAUUUCAUAGUUCAGAGCAAGCAGCAACCAAAGGAAAGGUUGCUGAUCUAAAUGUCGCAAGAUAUUCCGUAAAAGUUGUACCUUUCAAUUAUGAUCUCAGUGGUUAUGGAUUUAGAGAGUUGUUCAAGCGUCACGGGAUUCAGACAUCAGAUCCAUAGUAAAGACUGGGUGACAUGUCUCGAUAUCUUUGCUCAUUCAUGGUGAUGAUGAUGAGCAUAAACACUGCUGGAUCACAU